GGAAUAGCUAUUAUAUUGGCAUUCUAUUCGUUUAUAUACCUGUGAGACGAAUCCUCCUCGUACGGAUAGAUCACUGUUACUGUCUAGAAUCCUUUCUCAAGUACCAUAUGUAAAUCUAUAUAAAGGUAGGCUACAACUCAAUGUAUGGACUUAUUCCAAUUAUCCAACUAUAUCAUUUGAACAAACCAUCUUCAAAGCUUCCAUUUUUGAUUUUCUUCCCCACAAAAUGUCUUCCACUACGACAAUAGCCAUUGCUGGCUUCACAGGUAGAAUGGCUCGUUUGAUCACAAACUGUGUCCUUCAAGACCAUCCAAAUGUAACAAUACAUGGUAUUUGCCGCUCAGCUAGUAAGGUUGACGCAAACACACGCUUCAACCCUCGGGUUAGACUUUUCGAAACCAGUUCCACAGACAUAUCUACCAUUCGCGCUGCUCUAGCCGGUACAUCUGUAUGCAUAUGUUGUUAUCUAGGCGACAGCAAGCUCAUGGUCGAUGGCCAAAAGAUUCUUAUCGAUGCAUGUAUUGAAGAGAACGUCCCUCGCUACAUCGCCUCUGAUUAUACUUUUGACUAUCGACCUCUUGAACUUGACGAUUAUCCCGCCAAAGAUCCAUCAAAACAUAUCCAUCUGUAUCUUCAGGAGAAAGAGAAAACUGAAAAUAUCAGGGGCGUUCAUAUCCUUAACGGAGCAUUCAUGGAAUUCGUAUGGAGUCCCCUCCUUGGAUUUGUAAAUGCUGAGGAGGGCAAUUUUAGCUAUUAUGGUACCGGUGAUGAACAGUUGGAGAUGACUGCCAUGAAAGAUACAGCUAAAUUUGUAGCAGCAGUUUCCAUGGAUCCCAAAGCCGUUGGGGCUGUAAAAUGUAAGGCCACGGAAUACAUGUUAAAAUUGUUUUGAAGUCAAUCUCUUACUGACAUUCUUUUUCAGAUCGAGGAGACUCAAAGAGCAUCAAGAAAUUAGCUCAUUUAUACCAGGAAGCUUUUGGAGUUAAGCCGACUAUCCAGCGACUUGGUUCACUCGAAGAUCUUUAUGACAAUAUGACUUCUGUUUUCAAAGAAAAUCCAAGAAACGGAUUUGCUUGGAUUGGCUUGUAUGGUCAAUACUGGAUGUCUAACCGCCAGACAUUAUUGGGUGAUACAGAUAAUGGACGUUAUCCGGAAGUGGUGCCUACUACCGUGGAGGAGUUUUUAAAGGGGCACACGAAAGAAAGUCUGGGCAAAAGUACACAAUUUUGAGAAUAGAAUAUCUGGGCUUAGAAAAUCAGGUGGUGUUCUGCACAAAUUUGCCUAAUCUCUUUCCUCUGUCUCUCCA